AUGUUACCAUCUAACAGAACCAACAACCCCCUGUUACCAUCUAACAGAACCAACAACAGCAUGUUACCAUCUAACAGAACCAACAACCCCCUGUUACCAUCUAACAGAACCAACAACCCCCUGUUACCAUCUAACAGAACCAACAACCCCCUGUUACCAUCUAACAGAACCAACAACAGCCUGUUACCAUCUAACAGAACCAACAACACCCUGUUACCAUCUAACAGAACCAACAACAGCCUGUUACCAUCUAACAGAACCAACAACCCCCUGUUACCAUCUAACAGAACCAACAACACCCUGUUACCAUCUAACAGAACCAACAACCCCCUGUUACCAUCUAACAGAACCAACAACCCCCUGUUACCAUCUAACAGAACCAACAACCCCCUGUUACCAUCUAACAGAACCAACAACAGCCUGUUACCAUCUAACAGAACCAACAACCCCCUGUUACCAUCUAACAGAACCAACAACACCCUGUUACCAUCUAACAGAACCAACAACACCCUGUUACCAUCUUACAGAACCAACAACAGCCUGUUACCAUCUAACAGAACCAACAACCCCCUGUUACCAUCUAAUAGAACCAACAACAGCCUGUUACCAUCUAACAGAACCAACAACCCCCUGUUACCAUCUAACAGAACCAACAACCCCCUGUUACCAUCUAACAGAACCAACAACAGCCUGUUACCAUCUAACAGAACCAACAACCCCCUGUUACCAUCUAACAGAACCAACAACACCCUGUUACCAUCUAACAGAACCAACAACCCCCUGUUACCAUCUAACAGAACCAACAACCCCCUGUUACCAUCUAACAGAACCAACAACCCCCUGUUACCAUCUAACAGAACCAACAACAGCCUGUUACCAUCUAACAGAACCAACAACCCCCUGUUACCAUCUAACAGAACCAACAACCCCCUGUUACCAUCUAACAGAACCAACAACACCCUGUUACCAUCUAACAGAACCAACAACAGCCUGUUACCAUCUAACAGAAAACCAACAACCCCCCUGUUACCAUAUAACAGAACCAACCAACCCUCUGUUACCAUCUACAGAACCAAACAACAGCCGCCUGUUACCAUCUACACAGAAACCACACAACACAGCUCUGGUUAAUCCAUCUAACAGAAACCCAACAACCCCCUGUUACCAUCUAAUAGAACCAACACACAGCCUGUUACCAAUCUAACAGAACCAACAAAACCCCCUGUUACCAUCUAACCAGAACCAACAACCCCCGGUUUACCAUCUCAACAGAACCAACAACAGCCUGUUACCAUCAUAACCAGAAAACCCAACACCCCCUGUACCACUCGAACCAGAACCAACAACCCCCUGUUACCAUCUAAACAGAAACCAACAACCCCCUGUUACCCAUCUAACAGAACCCAACAACCAGCCUGUUACCAUCUAAACAGAACCAACAACCCCCUGUUACCAUUCUAACGAACCAACAACCCCCUGUUUACCAUCUAACAGCAACCAACCAACACCCUGUUACCAUCUAACAGAACCAACAACAGCCUGUUACCAUCUAACAGAACCAACAACCCCCUGUUACCAUCUAACAGAACCAACAACCCUCUGUUACCAUCUAACAGAACCAACAACAGCCUGUUACCAUCUAACAGAACCAACAACCCCCUGUUACCAUCUAACAGAACCAACAACAGCCUGUUACCAUCUAACAGAACCAACAACCCCCAGUUACCAUCUAACAGAACCAACAACCCCCUGUUACCAUCUAACAGAACCAACAACACCAUGUUACCAUCUAACAGAACCAACAACAGCCUGUUACCAUCUAACAGAACCAACAACUCCCUGUUACCAUCUAAUAGAACCAACAACACGCUGUUACCAUCUAACAGAACCAACAACACCCUGUUACCAUCUAACAGAACAAACAACAGUCUGUUACCAUCUAACAUAACCAAAAACACUCUGUUACCAUCUAACAGAACCAACAACCCCCUGUUACCAUCUAACAGAACCAACAACACCCUGUUACCAUCUAACAGAACCAACAACACUCUGUUACCAUCUAACAGAACCAACAACACCCUGUUACCAUCUAACAGAACCAACAACAGCCUGUUACCAUCUAACAGAACCAACAACACCCUGUUACCAUCUAACAGAACCAACAACACCCUGUUACCAUCUAACAGAACCAACAACACCCUGUUACCAUCUUACAGAACCACCCCAAGCAGGCCAUCACCAUGGCCACAU